CUUGCGGCUACUGCAGAAACUGAAAAACGAGUUAACGCGCUUAUUUCAAGGAACCAAAGCGGAGCUGAGGCAUCUGAGCUAACAAACGAAAUUUUAGCCCUGCAGGAUAAAAUUUGUUCCCUGAGUGGGACCAGCGAGGUUUCUGUGUCACUCCUUGCCCAGCAACAAACGAUUUUGAAUCGAUCGUCAGAGGCCCUGGCAAAACACCAACAGCAGAUUGCACUAUCCCGGCCUUUUUCAUUUCAGCGGCAAGCUCCUGUUCCCCCGCAGCUCACUGCAACAAGCCGUCCUACCGAAAAUGAUGUGCAGCUGGAGCAGCGUCCUCCUGAUAGUGUCACAGGGAGCGUCCUUAGGAUUACGGGACUCUCCAGGAGAGUCUUACUUGUUGGUCCUGGGGUGGCACGCGGAAGAGAGGUCUGGCUGAAGGACUUGGAGGGCUGCACGGUUUAUAUUGUUGACCAGAUACCUUGUGCCCGGCUGGACAAUAUCCGGAAUUCUGCAAUACUGACCACUGAAGCGCUAUUUGCAGCACCUAUCUGCCGGCUACGUAUUUGUCUACACGAUUCCUGGAUAUUGUCACAGCGAUCGCCAGAGGUGUCCUCUCGCCCAAGCAAUACUUUCUACAAUAUCACCCCAGUGCUAGGUGUGCCCCACUCGCAGGCGGAGCUACAAAACAGUGGCCUUUGGCGAGACGUGAAGGAUUUCGGAUGGAUUAAACGGCAGCAAUCGCCUAACUGGCGGUUGCUGGAGGGGCCAGAACCGCGAGUGUACCCACUGUACUGUGACGCGAUCGGAGAUUUUUCUGGAGCAACUCACAAAGGGGCAUCUGCAGAUGAAAUGGCUAGUAUUGACGCGCGGAUCAGCAGUGACUUAUCGGAGGUCACUGCCAAAGACUGGCGGCUAAAGGGUAUCCCCCGUCUUUUUUCGGUGGAGGGUUUGGCGCAGCAUCCAACUGCUGCCAAAACGGCAGCCGCUAUCGUUGCAGAGUCCUUGCUGCAGCCACCAGAACAGCCACUAAACAUGCCUGGUCAGUGCGGAAGAGAAAAGGAAGCUGACUCAUAUGAAAUUAAGUAG